AUGAACCUCCUGUCCCAAGAGGCGUUCAAAAAGCUGCAGGUGCCUCCGAAGCAUUUGAAACCGUCCCUCCCUUUCUAUGGGGUGACGCCGGGGUACACCCUCCCCCUCGGACAGGUCGAGUUGCCCGUCAUCUUCGGGAGCCGGGACAACUUCUGGACGGAGAAGGUGGUCUUCGACGUUGAGGAGGUCCCUCUUCCCUACAAUGCGAUCCUCGGGCGCCCGACGCUCGCCAGGUUUAUGAUGGCAACACACUACGCCUACCUCACCGUGAAGAUGCCAGGCCCGGCCGGCCCCAUCUCCGUGCUCGCCGAAAUCGGCAACGCCGUCUCCUGCGCCGAGCAGUUGUACUCUGCCUUGGCCUCUGCUCUCGCUGAGGUCGAAGGACACCCGGGGGGUCCGGGACCCUCUUCGUCCAAGUCAUGA